AUGGUCAUCCAGGGGUCCUCCAGGUCCUCCAGCGUCCACAAGGUCCUCCAGGGGCCUUCAUGGUCCACCAGUACCACAUGGUCCCUCAUCCUCUCACGGCCCCUCAUCCUCUCACGGCCCCUCAUCCUCUCAUGGCCCCUCAUCCUCUCAUGGCCCCUCAUCCUCUCGCGGGCCCUCAUCCUCUCACAGCCCCUAAUCCUCUCGCACGCCUCUCUAGCGUCCCACACACACAAACAGGGGCGGGUCGUAUGCAAAUCCCCCCUCUCUGUGAAUAGACUCCGCUCCUCCUCCUCCUCUGCUCCACAUCACACUGAAGAGCGGGAGACACGAGCCACAACAACCGGAGAAAGUGCACCAUCGCGCCGCAUCCAAAGCCCAGAGAGCCUGCUGCACCAGCGACCAUCAGGCGCUAUGUCCUCCAAGUGCCCCAAGUGCGAGAAGACCGUCUACUUCGCUGAGAAAGUAUCGUCUCUGGGGAAAGACUGGCACAAGCUGUGUUUAAAAUGUGACCGCUGCAACAAGCUGCUGAAUGCCGGUGGCCAUGCGGAGCAUGAUGGACGUCCCUACUGCCACAAGCCGUGCUACGCUGCCCUCUUUGGACCAAAAGGAGUGAACAUCGGCGGCGCCGGCUCCUACAUCUACGAGGCUCCGGUGAAUAAUAACUCCAGUGUGGACUCUGCUCCCAAGAGCCAAGAGAAGAAGGUUUUCGCGCCCAAGAAUCCAUCUAAAGCCGGCGGCCUCACCACGUUCUCUGGAGAGGCCAAUCUUUGUCCCAAAUGCAACAAGAAGGUCUAUUUUGCGGAGAAGGUGACGUCUCUGGGGAAGGACUGGCACCGACCGUGUCUCAGAUGUGAACGCUGCAGCAAAACUCUGGCGCCUGGGAGCCAUGCAGAGCACGACGGGAUGCCGUACUGCCACAAACCCUGCUACGCGGUUCUGUUCGGGCCUAAAGGCGUCAACACUGGUGGCGUGGGCAGCUACAUCUAUGAGAAGGAGCCCAGUGCCGUCGCCGAAUCCUAA